GCAAUCGUCGUUACGGAUGGGGAACGAAUUCUUGGUCUUGGUGAUCUCGGCACCUAUGGAAUAGGUAUUCCAGUCGGAAAGCUCUCCCUUUACGUUGCUCUAGCCGGAAUUCAACCAGAGUGGUGCUUGCCUGUUAUUAUUGAUGUGGGAACUGAUAAUCAGGGUUUGUUAAAUGAUCCAUUCUACACAGGAUUAAGACGAAAACGGGUUAGAGGUGAAGAAUACGACACUUUAAUGGAUAAUUUCAUGAAAGCAUGUACAAAACGAUUUGGUCAAGACACUCUCAUCCAAUUUGAAGACUUUGCAAAUCAAAACGCAUAUCGUCUUCUGGACAGGUAUAAAAACCAAUAUUGUAUGUUCAACGACGAUAUACAAGGUACUGCUGCUGUUGUCCUCGCCGGUCUGUUGGCUGCCACUCGCAUCACCAACAAACCACUAAAGGAGCACAAAUUAGUGUUUUUUGGUGCUGGUGCGGCAGCUACAGGAAUUGCGGAGUUGUGCGUGAAGGAGAUGGUUGACCAAGGGUUAAGCGAAGAAGAGGCUUGCGGAAAGAUCUAUUUAAUGGAUAUUAGUGGAUUAAUAACAAAGAGCAGAUCGGUGAACUUAUCGGAUCUACAUUUGAAAUUUGCAAAGGUAAGGGUAUACUUUUACCAUCAUAAUAUUAGACGUAAAAUGGCUAGAAUCAACCAACGACCGAUCAUUUUUGCGCUCUCAAAUCCUACGAGUAAAGCCGAAUGUACGGCUGAGGAUGCUUACAGAAUAACAAAUGGCUCCGUUCUGUUUGCUUCCGGUUCACCAUUUGAAAACUUCGAGAUCGAUGGCAGAAUAUUCAAACCGGGACAAGGAAAUAACUCAUAUAUUUUCCCGGGAGUAGCACUUGCUGCGAUUUUAUUCAAAGCUAAACACAUUCCUGACAAGGCAUUCCUUAUCGCUGCUCGGCGCUGCGCCAAUUCGGUCACAGAGAAAUCGUUGCAAACUUAUGCACGACUAUAUCCUCGUUUGAAGGAUAUUCGAGAACUUUCCGUUUUGAUAGCUAUCGAUGUCGGAGACUAUCUUUACAAACAUAAUCUCGCUACUCUACAUCCAGAACCCGAAGAUAAGGAGAUGUUCAUACGGCAACAGAUCUACUCUGUAGAAUAUGAUGAACUUAUCAACAAGACCUAUGACUGGCCCGUGAAGGAUAUGAAACACGGUUUCCCUGUGCCUGUCAUUGAAAGGACAUCUAUGGACGACGAAUAA